AUGGCUUCCACCGGCACUUACAUAGCGGAGUGGUUUCGCCACCACCUUUCUUCUGUUGUAACCUUUCAGAAGCAGUUUGUAGAUGAUGUCUCUGAGAAGGUAAAGGAGCAGAAGGCCCAGUUUGACCGACACGCCCGCGAAACGAAGGAGCGGGCAGUGCAGCUCCACCUGGAUGAGCUGGAAGAGAAAUACCUCUGUUGCGUAUGCGGAAGAGGCGGUGAAAUACGAGAGGACGAUGAGCUGGUAUACAGCACGUAUUCCAUGAUCGAGUUGCCGCCCCGGGAGAUGCUAGAGGCAGCGGUGCGCGAGGAACUUGCCGACGCUGAGAUGUCGGACGAACGCAUCAAGCAGCAGCAACGCAUGCUUACUUUUCGGCAGCGUCGCUCUCAACAGUCCUCUACGAAGCCAGCAGCCACGUACGACAGUGGCACCAGCAGUGAUUCCUCCUCUGACGUUUCCGUUGCACCAUCUGGCGGGCGUCCUGAGAGAACGAGGAAGGGAAAGCACCAGCGAAGAAAGCAUAGGUCUUCUCAGCACAAGCGGGCCAAGUCAUCCUCUCAACGCCAUGUGGUGUCUUGGCCGCGGCGCCAGCGUGAAGAGUCAGAAGGCCAGCACUUCGACUACGAUGUCCGAGACAAGCACACCACCCUCGACACCUCUAAACCGAACACUCAAAAGUCGCUUUCUUCGGACAAUCCCCCCGCACGCUCUGUAGCAGCAUGUAGUGGUGCGAUGGCGAUCCAGACUUCGGACAUCGCGGUGAUGGACCCCGAUAUGGUCGGUCCGCUCGAUGUGCGAAACACGGUUUACAAGAUUCAACACGCGGUGCUGCACAAGGAGGCCCGUGUGCGCCGCAAAUCUGUAGUGGUGCACAAGGACAAGGGUCUGAUGACGAUUGAGGAGUCGGAGAUCGAGAUGUUUUCGCACUUUUUUCAGCGCCCAGUUCACGGGUAUUUGUGCACGGCAUGCUACACGUGUGCCCGACGUCGCCUUGACACUCUCACGCAGCAGAUCCGUGCCAUCCUCUUUAAAGCAGAGCAUCCGAUUCUACGCCGGUUGCCGGCUAAAGAGCUGGAGGCUUUGAUGACUGGCAAUCAGGUACCAACUACCUUCAUUCAGAGCAUUUUGGCCGUUCAGAGGCGGUGGACUCGGCUCACGGACGAGCAGCGGAUGGAGUUGCAUCGCGCAGAGGCCGGCGCAGGUCCGGCGCAGGGUCCCACCCGUGCUUUUGCGGCCGAAGAACGCGCGAGGGGGACGUCGCAGGAGAACGACGCGACGACCCUGAUGACAGCUUUGCCCGACGAGAGCAUCCUGAUCCUCCGUGAGGAGGUGCGAUGUGGCGCCUGCCAGCGCCGCCUGGCGUGCUUUUUCGAGCCCAAGUCCGUUCUCUUUCUCUGCCAGUUUUGCACUGCCCGAGAUCGCUUUUACCGCGAGCACGCCGUGUGCAUCAACGAUGAGGCAAUGCCUCUGGCUCUGACGCAUCUCUUGCAGAGUUUGGCGCUCUACUACCGUGGCACUCAUCAGCAAAUGGAGCUCCGCCAAGCACCGCUGUCAGCCAUUCCAGAAGCACAAACUGACUUAUUCCCACUCACGAAGAUUAUGCGUGAAACAGAGGGUCUGUUUGCGUGCCAGGCCCCGGCUGUCGCCAACGCCGAUCUUCAGGGCUGCCAAAGGGUUGCCGAGGUGGAGCCGACGCUCAGCGCUGAAACCUCCACGCACGGUACUGAGGUGCCCGUUGCAAGGCCAUGCACUUCAGCGGCCUCAACACGCUGGGUAAGUGGGUCGGCAGUACCACUUCAGGAACUGCGCGAACGGGUUGGAAGGACGAUGAUCAGCCUAUUCGAUGGAGUCCAGGUGGAGGGGUCGGGAGUGAAUCUUUUCAAGAACACUGCUUCGGCGUCCUCUGCAUCCAGUGUUUCGGAUCUGUUCCAGUCUGCUCCAGUACCGCAGCCGCCGCUCUUACCAAAGGACGGGAGUUCGGUUGGGCAAGGUGGCGCGCGUGCCGCAGAACAUUUGAUGGGCAAUGGCAGCACAGCAGCAUCGGCACCGCCUGCCGCCAUUGUAUAG